AUAUGGUUAUAAGACUAUGAUUUACAAGUCAAAAUCCUUUAAAACAAAGAGCAAAGGAUCAUUUACAUUUUUCUCCAAAUACUAACACCACCUUUAAACCACAAAGAUAAAAGAGAGGCCAAAGAUAAGAAAAGAGGGUUGAUACUGUCACAAAUCUUGAAGUAGGUGAAAAUUACUAGUGAAGACGAUGAAUGAGACAUCAAAAUGGUGGUGGAUUGGUGCAAAUCACAACACAUCAAAUUCCUCUCCUUGGCUUAACUCUACUCUCACUGAUCUUGAUGCAAAGACUAAGGAAAUGCUAAGAGUAAUUGAUGAGCUCGAUGAUGAAGGAGAUUCCUUUAUGAAACGAGCAAAGAUUUAUUUCGAGAAUAUGCCAAAGCUCAUUGCCAUGGUCGAGGAUUUAUACCGCUCGCAUCGUUCCUUGGCGCAGAAGCAUGAUCUCUUGAUCAAAACCUCUUCUCUGAAUUCGAACAGCCAUAACUCAUCAACCUGCGACGAGCUCCGGUCGGAAUUGUGUGAAGAAACAGAGUCUGAUGGUGAAGCUGUAAAUGAAAAAGACCAAAUUAUUGAAUUUGGCGAUGAUGGUGAGACAAUGAAGGAAGAGUUGGAGAGAUUGAGAGAAGAAAACAGAGUUUACAAGAAGAUGAUGGGAGAGAAGAAACAAGUAGUGACUUUGUUGCUUGCAAAUUUAGUUAGGGAAUCUGAGUGGUUGAGAGUAACUUUGCACAAAUGGUUGGAUGAUGAGUAUUGCCCUGAGCCAACCAAUGUCAAGAUCAGUAAAGUAGCUGCAAAGUCUUACUACAGUUCAUUGCUAAAGAAAGAAACUGACAUGGGAGAGAUUUUGUUGAAGAUGGCUCAAGAUUUAACUUCCAUAUCAUACCAAGAAAGCUUCCAUGGAGCUUUCACAUCCGCAAAUGCAGCUAUAAAUUUGAUUGUUGACAGAAUAGAAACCGGCCUACUCUAGUCUAGUGACUCUAGUCUAGUUUAGUUUAGUUC